GGCUCCGGUUGGCGGAUGGAGUGGGCGCGGCCAGACGGAGGCUGCCGAUUGGCUGAGACACCCGGACGAGCGGGCGCGGACUACGGGUCCCGGCACGCGCCGGGGCGGGGAUUCCCCGGCCCGCGAUGGCGGCCGCGGCCUGAGGUGGCCCCGGCGAUGGCGGCCGCGGCCCCCGCGGCCCCGGCGGCCCCCGGCGAGGCAAAGCGGCCCGAGGGCGACGAGUGGUGCGACAGCGGGCUGGGCUCGCUGGGCGAGGGGCCGCUGGGGCCGCCGCUGCCCGCCAGCCCCGGAGCGGAGCCCCCCGAGCCCCCCGCCGACCCCGCGGCCUGGCUGCGGCACGUCCUGAGCUUCGUCACCGAGGACGGCGACACGGCCCUUCACCUGGCCGUGAUCCACGAGCACGAGGAGUUCCUGGAGUCCAUCCUGCGGCACACGGAGCACUCGCCCUACCUGGACCUGCAGAACGACCUGGGGCAGAGCGCGCUGCACAUCGCCGUGGUGCUGGGGCUGGCCGGCGCCGUGCGGCGGCUGCGGGCGGCGGGCGCGGGCGUGGCCGUGCGGGAGCGGGGCGGUCACACCCCGCUGCACCUGGCCUGUCGCGAGGGUCACCCCGCCUGCGCCCGCGCCCUGCUGGGGGGGUCGGGGGGCUCCCCCGAGCGCCGGGACCCCCCCCGGGACCCCCGCAAGGAGGAGGAGGAGCGGCGGGCGCAGCUGGAGAGCGUCAACUACGACGGUUACACCCCCCUGCACGUGGCCGUCCUGCGCCGGGACCUGGAGCUGGUGCAGCUCCUGCUCCGCGCCGGCGCCGACCCUGACCGGCCGGAGCCGAGCUGUGGCCGCAGCCCCCUGCACUUGGCCGUGGAGGCGCAGAGCCCCGAGGUGGCCGAGUGCCUCCUGCGGGGGGGGGCGCGGCCGGACCCCCGCACGUUCUCGGGGUUCACCCCGCUGUACAGCGCCCGGCGCCGCCCCGACCCCCGGCUGCCCCCCCUCCUGCGCCGCUUCGGGGCCCGCGACCCCCCCAGCAGCGACAGCAGCGACAGCAGCGACAGCGAGGGCGGGGCCGAGGACAGCGAGGACGGCUACGACGACAUCGUCAUCAACAGCAGGCACUGCCCGGCCUGAGGACCCCCAAGGGACCUCCCCAGGACCCCCCUGGAUGGACUCAGAGCUCCCCCUGCCUCUCCCCAGCUGGGGGGACCCCCUGAAGAAGCACCCCCCCCUCCCCAAAAUCCCGAGAGAGCCCCAAGGGCUGUGGGAGGCAGUGGGAAAUAAAGCAGAGGCUGCGUUGGGAGCAAAGAA